UUCCAGGUCGAGAGGAGGAAACAUGCGUCAUCACGUUGCUUAAUACGUCACACGCCCAUCAGAGAGCGCUUGUAUUGCUGCAGUUUAGCACGGAACCGGGAGUCUCCAAAAUGAGCAGUUCAGAGGAAGUUUCGUGGAUUUCUUGGUUUUGUGGUCUACGUGGGAACGAGUUCUUCUGCGAGGUGGAUGAGGAUUACAUCCAGGAUAAAUUCAAUCUCACUGGGCUGAACGAGCAGGUUCCUCAUUACAGACAAGCCCUGGACAUGAUUUUGGAUCUGGAACCGGAUGAGGAGCUGGAAGACAACCCGAAUCAGAGUGACCUGAUCGAACAGGCGGCCGAGAUGCUGUACGGCCUGAUCCACGCGCGCUACAUCCUUACCAACCGUGGCAUUGCUCAGAUGCUGGAGAAAUAUCAGCAGGGGGACUUUGGCUAUUGCCCUCGUGUUUACUGUGAGAACCAGCCUAUGCUGCCUAUCGGGCUGUCCGAUAUCCCAGGCGAGGCCAUGGUCAAGCUCUACUGUCCUAAAUGUAUGGACGUGUACACGCCGAAGUCGUCCCGGCACCACCACACCGAUGGAGCUUAUUUUGGAACCGGGUUCCCCCACAUGCUCUUCAUGGUGCACCCCGAGUACCGGCCAAAGAGGCCUGCCAACCAGUUUGUGCCCAGGCUCUACGGUUUCAAGAUCCACCCGAUGGCGUACCAGCUGCAGCUGCAGGCAGCCUCCAGCUUCAAGAGCCCUGUCAAGGCCAUCCGCUAAAUGGUGGAAAGAAGGGAAGGGAGGGCUGGAGAGACGAGGGAGAGAAUCUGUGUCUGUCUUUACAUCGCCUCGCUCUUCACCAACAGAACCAUUUGUUUUAUCUUAGGUUUGUUUGAGAUGUUAUUCAGUACCGAGAGAGUGGGAAUAUAGAACGCGCACACACUUUGGAUGAUCUGUAAACGUUUCCUCUUCACUCUCUCACUCACACACACGCGCGCACACACGCACGGGGCAAGGGGAUACCGUACCGUGCCGUCAUCUGUGUUUUCCAUGUAAAAAACCUCCCUUCUUUCAACUUAACGUGUAUCAACAGGAUUUAUAUAAUUGGUGAAUUGUGACGGUGUGCUCGUGUUCACAAAGGCAGUGCAACUCACCAGUCCUAGUAAAAACGCCAAAGUCUCCUCCCUACACACCUCAUGCAUGCGUUUCCUCCUUACACCGCUUCUACGCUAGGCAGAGACUGUUGGAGAAAACAAAACAAAACCGGGAAUCGGAAAGAUUGUUCUGUUUUUGGACACUACCGAGUUUUCCUAUUGGCUUAAUUCCUCAAAACUCUCAAAAUAGAGCGCGCAAAAUAAAAUCCGGCUAACGCGUGCGCCGCUUUUUUCUUUUAUUGUUUUCUUUGGACGAGAUGUUAAUUUUUUGCCGCUUUUACCGAAACCGAAAGCCGACCGUCUCUGCCUCCGUCAGUCCGGAGUGAGCGUGGGCCGACCCCUCGGACGUCGCUUGUCCACUCGUUCCUGCCAGCGUUAUUUAUUCCAUCGUCCACAUUUUGGAAAUGUGUUUUAUUUUCCCUUCCUGUUCUUAACUUUGCAUCUCUGGUUUCAUAAAACGGCAUGUGACUGCAGGAUAAAGAUUAAUUGAAUGCGUUGAUGAUGAUAAUUGUUACUCUAAGUGGUUUUUGGAUUGUUUUUUUUGUUUUUUUUUUCGGUAUCUUUGAUUUUUUUUUUCUUCCUUUAGAGCUGUCAAGGAACCAGGGUUCAGAAUUCAAAAUAAACUUUUUUUUUUCCUAUA